AUGUCUCCUUGUGUUAAACGUAAACCAUUGUUUAUUCUAUUUUUUUUUACACAAUUUAUUUUAUUUUCAACAUAUACAUUUGUCUAUUAUAUAAAUAAUAAUGAAACAAAUACAUUAAAAAUAGAUGUUGAUCCAUUAAUUAUACCAUCAGAAUUACAUCCUCUUCCAGCUAGUUUACUUGAAGAAGGUGAUCGAUCAAAUUUAAAUGAAAAUUAUAAAAAUUUAAGAAUUCGAACAAAAAGAAAAUUUUUGCAUUUAAAAACAAAUGAAGAUUUAAAAUCACUUAAUGUUACAUCUAUCAAAGAUAUUGAUCAAUCUCAAACAAUUAUUCAAUGUCCAAGUUUACCUCCAAAUUUAGUUGGUCGAAUCUCACCUGAUUUAUUUUCUUAUAAUAUGGAAGAAAUUGAAGAACAUCAUAUGAAUUCAAGUAUUAAACUUGGCGGUCAUUGGUCUCCAUCUCAUUGUACAGCUCGUCAUCGUGUCGCUAUUAUUAUUCCAUAUCGUAAUCGAGAUAUGCAAUUACGUAUAUUUAUUAAUUUUAUGCAUCCAUUUUUACAAAAACAACAAUUAGAUUAUCAAAUAUUUCUUGUCGAACCUGUUAAUGAUAUAUCAUUUAAUCGAGCACUAUUAUUUAAUAUUGGUUUUCGUGAAGCAAUGAAGAUUUACUCUUGGCAAUGUUUUAUUUUUCAUGAUGUGGAUUUAAUACCAGAAGAUGAUAGAAAUAUCUAUGCAUGUCCUGCGGAACCACGUCAUAUGUCUGUAGCUGUAAAUACUUUAGAUUAUAAUCUUCCAUAUCGAACAAUAUUUGGUGGUGUUUCUGCGUUAACAGUUAAACAGAUGGAAUCAGUUAAUGGAUUUUCAAAUCAGUUUUUUGGAUGGGGUGGAGAAGAUGAUGAUAUGGCUGGAAGAGUUCUUACUAAAUAUCGUAUAUCUCGUUAUCCAGCAGCAAUUGCUCGUUAUAAAAUGUUACGACAUAAACAAGAUACACCUAAUUCACAUAGAUAUAGUAUAUUAGGUUUAAGUACUCCAAUGCGUUCCGUUGAUGGUCUUUCCAAUGUACAAUAUAAAAUAAUUGAAAUAGAAAGAAAAAAACUAUUUACACUUAUUAGAGUAACAUAUAAUGAAACAUUAAUUAAACAAAGUGUUGCACAUCUACAAAAGAAAAAACCUAAAUCAAAAUUAAAAAAAACCUGA